ACUAUAGGGGGCGCUGCAGCUGCAACCAUUAGGAAGGAACAACUGCUAAGCUUACAGAACCGUUAAGCGUAAGCAAAAUGGCCACGACUGCGGCUGCCGUGGCAGCCACCAGUGUUGUUGUAUUGGAUCGUGGCAAUAAUACUACAUGCACAAUCAACUUGCAUGGUGCGACGGUUGUGUCCUGGCGUGUUAAUAAUCAGGAGCAGUUGUUUGUGAGCAAGUUGGCAUCGUUUGAUGGUAAAAAGGCUAUACGUGGGGGCAUACCCUUUGUUUUCCCACAAUUUGGACCCUGGUCUUUUGGUCCACAGCACGGUUUUGCAAGAAUCACACGUUGGCAUUUGGAUCGAGCCCCAGAACGAUUGCACAAUGGCGAUGUGGAGGCAAUAUUUUCGCUGAUGGACAAUGAGUUUACGCGUUCUAUUUGGAAUUAUCAAUUUCGGAUAACCUAUCGCUUAAUACUGCGUGAAAAGGAACUACAUUUUCACAUCGGCGUUUAUAAUCCUAGCAAAGAUCUGAGUUUUACAUUCAAUAUGCUGUUGCACACCUAUCUAAAAGUUCCAGAUGUUCGACGAUGUCAGAUAACUGGACUUCAGGGCUGCCACUUUAUAGACAAGACACGCGAGGGCGCUCUGUAUCAGGAGGGUCGUGAGGUGGUCACUGUUAACGAGUGGACGGAUCGCAUCUAUCAGCAUACGCCACAGGAGCAUGUGAUAACUAAUGUAGUAUCCGGGCGUAAGAUGAGGCUACACAAAUACAAUUUCCCAGAUACAGUUAUUUGGAACCCGUGGAUCGAUCGGUCGCGAGAAAUGAGUGACUUUGGUGACGAUGAGUUUCCCAAUAUGCUGUGCGUCGAGGCUGGCAAUGUCAGCUCCCCAGUCAUAUUGCUUCCGGGCACUUGUUAUGAAGCUAGCCAGAUACUACAGAUUAUCAUCGAAGGAAAUGUCAGCCGUAAGACCAAACGGAAUCGCUAGCGUUUAAGGAAUCGGAACCCGCUGAGGUAAACCGAUUCGUACACCAUCCAUUGAGAUCGUCCACAAAGUAAGCAGAAGGUCAGGAAGAAUUAGGAACACUUUGUCAGUAGAUUAUAGGUGUAUACGAUAAGUUACUAUCCCUAUAACUAGCUCAAAAAUAAGACCCCAUUCCCUC